CACAAUGAAAUGAUUGAUCUGCAUGGAAAUUAUGCUCAUGACAACAACAUCUAGUAGUUAUCCGGCCACCCUUUUCUUCUAUCCUCGACUGUGGUGAUCCAUCUCUCUCCCCUUCGUUAUCACUUGCUCAAUGCCGCGAACAAGUCUUUCCGUCCAACCCAUGCCGCCGCAGAAUGAGCCUUCGCCGCAAUCACCUAUACACAAAUGGACCUGAAGUUCAAGGCGCAUUCGGUGUGGAUAGCCUUCCUCUUACGACCGUUGCCCAUAUAAUAUCCUGUCUCGGCGAUGAUGUCGCCUCCCUGGCGCGGUUAUGCCGCACAUCCCGCGUCCUAUAUUAUAUGACGCUUCCGCAGUUAUGGAAACGUGUGGUCUUGAGGUCGCACAGCAGUAUACACUAUCGAGAUGAUAUACCGGAGGGCUUUGGCAGUGCCAGCCCCUUCUCCAUGGGCCUGAAUGCCUUGGUGACUCGGAACGUCUCGUCACUGGUACGGUCGUUGGUCCUAGAAGGCGACUACAGAAGCUCGGAUUUGGAGGAAUAUUCAAGAGCCGGUCGAGUCUCGGAGAGCACCAUGAUUCUCAAUAUCGCUGUUCGAGCCGCUGUAGACCAGUGUCUACACCUCGAAGAUUUCAGAUGGGAUCUAAAUGUACGAAUCCAGCCCAAUGUCUAUGCCGGCCUCAGCAAGCUUACGAAACUGGAAUCACUAUGGAUACGAUUCCAGACCAACAGAUCACCGCAGCCCUCGGGCGAGAUCCCUGCUCUCCCCAAUCUGAAAUCAUUCACUUUUACCCAUUACGACCCGAUGUGCUACCCUGACGACGUAUCCACCUUGUUGCUCCACGCUGAUAAGCUUGAAAGUCUCGUUAUGCACUUCUCGCCUCGCAUGAGAGAACAAGGUGAGCCAUCGGUCGUCCUGACCCGAUUCUUCCGCAAAAACAUUGUAGCCAAGAAGAAACUCCGUCUCCAAAGGAUUGGCGUUUAUAACCUCUUGGCCAACGCCGAAUCUGUAGAAUGCAUGCAAGCCGUGGAGUCCACUACCAUGAAAGAAUUCACUGCCCUGAACACCUUCGGUAUGGACGAAGACGAAUUGCAUCGAAGCACCACCCUUUUCAUUGACCGGACUUGGUUUGUUCCUAUGCCCAAGGACCUACAUCAGCCGAGGUCAAUGAGAAUGGACCAAUUGCAUAAAACCCACGCCUUGGAAAUCGGCAGAUGUGCAGGGCUGGAAAGGCUAUAUCUUGUCAAUGCCCGGUACAAGCCUGCGGGAGACAACGGGAGUUCACCGCCAAACUCAGCAGGUGCAUCACCACGGACGAUCAACGGCGAGAACAGGUCUGCCCAAAACACGCCCACAGCCGCGUCCGCGCCCAAGAUGGGUCUUCGCGAUCUCUACCUGGACAGCAUCUGCAAUGGAUGUGGGCCGACCCUGAAGCAUCUGAUCUUGCCGGCACGCUGGCCUCUAUCGACGCCAUUGACUGCAAAGCUGAUCAAAUCUUGCCCGAACCUUACGCAGCUCAGCGCUGCCAUCGAAUGCACCGAUAAGGAAGUUCUUCGGAUGGUCUUUCCGUUCUUGUCAAAGCUGUGGGCAAUCCGCGUCCUCCCUCCCAAACAGUACGGCGAAGAAGGGGAGAGGUCGCUCGCGGCCUUCAAUGCCUUCAUUGAACAGCCCGAUUGUGCGAUAGAGGAGAACCUUAGCACGAGCCUUGAGCAACGUGGGCCGGCCGGAGCCGUUCCUGACUUUCCGGCUCUGAAGUAUGUCGGUCUUGGACACAAAGUGUGGGAGAUAGGUGGAGUGUACGAGGAAAGGGUGAGGACUCCUGUCCAGAACCAAAAUCCGGGAGAGGACCAUAGUGGUACAGACUCUUGGCAAGAAGAGGUCGUGUACCGCCGACGAAUCCGGAGGAUCGAAGAACGCGACGUGGCCGAUGUGGAGAUAUGGAAAAUGGACUCCAUGGACAUUAUCUGAUCUGACGAGGAAGCGAUGAUGUUCGCUCGAGACUGAACACCAACCAGCCAGUAAUAGGCUCGAGAUAUCUGCCCCUAACAACUGUAGCAGCAUGGCAAGAGCAGUACGGCUCUGAGAACGACUAAGUCGAAAACGGCCUUUUGAUAUAGGGUGUCCCUAUGUUCUACCGACACUCGACGAUGCUAACCAGCACUAUAUCCCGGUUUGGCAGGCCCUGCACAGGUUUUGCUGCACAAAAUGGAGAAUAACUAUUGUUGUUAAGACCUGGACAGGCCUCAAUUAUGCGAAGAAUCAAAAUGCCAAUCUCACUUCCGCCCUCCAUUAGAGCGGCUGGGAGAGACCGCUCGCGGACUUUGUCGAUCACCCAGUGGAUCAGAACCCGAGCUUGAAUCACCCCAGUCUAAGCGUUGGAACACCUUGUCUGGAUCAUACUCGGCUCGGAUGGUCUUCAGUCUCUCGUCUCUCGACAUUGCUGGGCGGGAAUGUGGAAAAGGGGUUCUGGAAUUCGCCGGCAUCGCCCAUGUAAAGAAAUUCCGACGAAAGACCUUUCUCCUUGUUUAAGGAGUGCAUAUGUUCAAUCAAAGAUCGUGACCACGCGGUCAUGCGGAGGUCAUCCUCGGGAAGAGCCCAGGCUGUUGAAGUUUGGAAUACUACCAGAGGGAACAUGUGUCAGCAAUCUUGAUGUUGCUGUUGUCACUCCCGCCAAGAUGGAUGGAAUGAGAGGAAAUACUCACAGAUCCAUGAUUGGUCAUCAUCAAGACCCCAGACGUUGCCUACGCCAUUUGUUUUUGCGACAGCGUUGGCGCUCUUGGGCAUGACGUUGAGGACGAAUGUCGGGUAGAGUCCACUCACGUCCGCGAUUUGAUCGACGGCGUCCUUCCAGAUCUGAUAUAACUGAUAUAUCUGGUCCGCAUCCGGUUUCAUAAUAUGAUGGCCAAACUGGAUUCUGCCUCAUUGUGUCAGGAAGGGUGAAUUACAUGGAUGCUGACGCGUGGAACAUACCGAAACAUCUGGUUAGGUGUGUCAAGGGUGUCAGCCCACUGCCAUGGUGUUGUGACAUUAAGGACUGUCUGCACCGCUGGCACGGCGGCGAAUCCGGCAAACCGUGAAGGGGGCGAUUCGGUGCCUUCUUGUACUCCCAGGAGGGAGGGUGCAACUACCUUUGUCGUCGCGUUGUACUGGAUCGAUAUGACCGAGCCGGCAGCAAUUGAAGAGUCAUCUGCGUUGGUGAAGUCGCAAAGGGCCUUGAUAAAAGCCGGAACCGCGGAUUCGUUGAAUGCCUGGAUUUGCGUGCUGAUCUUGGGAAUCGGGUAUACUUUGAGAAGGAAGUUGGUGACGAUACCAAAGUUGUUUGCGCCCGCCUUUCAACGCCCAAAAGAGAUCGCUGUGGGAUAUUUGGUUCACGGUGACCAGGGUGCCAUUGCCGAGAACGACGUCGUAGCUGAGAACGUUGUCCAUGGCCCAACCAUACUUGUUGUUGAAGUAGUGGAAUCCGCCGAUCAAGGUCAGCCCGGGUACCCCUAUGGUCUUCAAUCGACCCCCAAUGGCGUCCAGACCAUAGGGAUCCAGCGCGGCAUAGACGUCGACCCAUUUGUUGCCAGGGCCUACUGCGAUAUUCGAUCGAUUGGCUGAGAGAGUGCGCUGCGACAGGCCGGUCAAAGUCACCACCGUCGAUGUUGUUGGAACCGGGAUACUGUGGGUCUGGAGUUAGCCUGGGUCAAGGUGUACCUGCCGCCGCCGACUUGCAUUCAUGUGGCCUCCUCCUCGUAUUGCAAACUGUGCAUCCUCUUGGUGGAAGAUCUUGACAGCCGAGACGACCUGGUCGACAUUCGUGGGUAGGAAGAUGCAGGUGGGCAAGAGAUCGGAGCGUUUGUCCCAGAAGUUUGUGGCUUGAAAGGUAUAGUUCGUCGAGUUGGGAAAUAAGGUGAGCUCCGUGUACAGAUCUGCAAGGCGGGUGCAGGCGGUUGAAGAGGAAUUCGAGGCCGCUGCGGCCGCCGCUGCAACAGAAGCCGCAAGGCCCAAUUCAAACAAACUGGCAGCGAUGUUCUGCUUCAUGACAGAAACCAGGACCGGGGAACGGUGGAGAGCACUGGGAAUGGAAAAGGGGUGCAGAGCACGAACGAAACGAACCUACAUGCAAGUGAGAGCGAUAGCUGAGCAACAGGACACGGCGCCCCCAAUUUAUAUAGCGCUCGAUCAUGAAGCUAUAGUACUAGGCAAUCACAUCUGAACUUGACUGAUUGA